GCCUUUGCACACAAAGAGAGCACAAGAUUUCACAGGCAGUGGAGAUGCUCUGGUGUGACCAGAAUCCGAAGGCACAGAAGCAUUCUAUGCCUUCGGAUUCCGGUCACACCAAAGCUGUGGGCUUAAAGUUGCAGGGUGCCGUGUCCAUGCAGCUCUGCAAGGCUUCCUGCCCCGGCUUCAUUGUGACGCUUGGAAGACAUGCUGACAUGGGAUCGAACGGAAUUGAGGACAUUGCAAGUACACCCACUGGAUACCAGGGGCCAAGGAUGGCCGAAGCAAUGGUGAAAGGCUUGAAGCGGGUCGAAUCUCGCCCAAGACCGCUUUUUGCACCGGGGUGGUAUUUUUUGCACAAGGGCAAAAAGACAGGCUUCGAUGAAGAUUAUGCUCAGGAGUUACAGAGCCUCUUGCCAGAGCAUAGCUCAGGAUUGAUGUCCGAAGCUGCGGCAGAAGAUGGCUGCAGUACAGGGGCCAUUGUUGGCAUGGUGUGUAUUGGAAAGCAGUUGAGAUACUCCGACCUUCCUAACCAUCAGUGGGUGCAGGAAAGCCGACCCGUGGUGUACGAGAUCACACAGUGCAUGCAGUUCACCGCUGGGGUGUCACUGCCAGGUCAGCAAGGUGUUUGGCAUGUUCGGGCGCCUGAGGUCCAGGACAGCCUUCGCAAGGCCAUUGGCAAAGGUACGCUGCACACCUGGUCGGAUCAGUUUCCAGCUUUGUCUGACACGCGGAAAAGAUCGCCGACCCAGAAAGCAAAGACACGAGCUUCAAGACCUUGGCCAAAACCGUUGCCUAGAAAGCGACGCUCUGAUGCCGGUACACAUCAGUGCGCCCCGGACCUUGUGAGUUCCAGCAAGCGCCAGCGCCUCCAUCUUGGAGAUCCUGCGGUUGGCGCGAAGCGCCCGGCCAAUCUUCCUGUGGAUGCAUCAUCUUCGUCCUCGGCACCGACAAGACACGAAGAGCAAAGCUUGGUGCAGCGAAUCUCAGCCGGUCGGAUGCUGCCACGGCUGCUCGAACUCAUGGACAUGACAUUCUUCAACAUCAAAUGUCCACAAAAGGUGGGUCCUUUGGAACCUCGAAGUGGAUUGUUUGCGCAGGUGGCUGGUGACAGCGUGUUUAUUUUGAAUGUCUUUCGAAGGCGAGAUCUUGAUCUCGCAGAUGUCAUUCCUCUGUGCGCUUCUGAGCACAAAGGGAAAGCGGUACACAAGGCAAGAUUGGCUGAGUGUCGGACUGUCGCCAAGAGCGCUCUGUCUUCUAUUUCUUUGAGCUUCCGCGCGUUGCAGGGCACACAACGCCGAGGCGCAAGCCUUCUUUUUGAGAAGAGAGACAACUCCCCGGAUGAAGAGGUGUUGCAAGAGUCUUCUGCUCUGGCUUGCGACCUCGCCGAGCGCUGGCGUGAACCACCCGAAGGCAGUGUAGUGUACGCAGACUUGACCGUUCGCAAAGUGAUGCCAGCUGCUUUGGAGAAACAUCUUUCAGAGCAACCUUGUCAUUUUCCUUCACAGAUGUCAGAUGAGCGACGGAGCAUCUGGGUAUGGGAUCUGCCCUUUCCAAUACAAAUUGAUGGGCGCAGAUAUCGGUGCCGCACCUGCGCGGCAAACGGGGCGUCCAUGCGGUAUUAUGUCAUCACAGUGUCAGACUUGCAAGCGGCAUUCCCUGAUCUUUUGACAUGGCGGGAUCGUCGCCACGGCACAGUUUUCUUCACCAAGAAAUUUCUGCUUUAUCUGGUGCAAGUUUUUUACAGACGCCUCAAUGUUAGAGCCACUAAAAGGGCCAUCGUGGAGCAAAUCGGGGCUUCUGCUUUGGCUCUCGGCUGCAUGACUCGCCUGCGCACACUGUGCACAGCAAUUCCUUCCAAUGUCUCCUUGCGGAAGAUCCUUCUCAACGCCCUAGAGGGUUACACAUCUUCGGCAGUGAAACGGCUCCGACAACACAUCAACUUGUACGCGGGCACAUUGCUCAGACAUGACGGAAACUACGACAUCCCUGAGAGAGUAGUCGAAUUUUCUGGUGGUGUUCGCCGGCGGCCUCACGGGUGCCUCGUUGCCUUUCUAGGCGUGGAUGGCAGCUUGCUUGCUCCGCCAGAGCUAUUGCGGAGCGAAGCUCUUCCAGACCUUCUUCCUGCCUUAGAAGACGUGGUGGAUUCUUUGAAGGCAGACCGCCUUCAGGCUGGUAUGGCUUUGCAGCAAUCGUGCCCGAUUGCGCACGCAACUGACUCCUACCAGAAGCAACGUUUGGCUUUGCAAGCUUUCUACCGGCAGAAGUUUCCAGAGCUACACACAGAGGUAUUAGCAACAAGCCCAAAAGCCGAUGCGGCUGGCGCCGCACGCGGCGCAGGUGAUUGCUGCGUUCGCAUCGUGGGCGCUUGCCUAUUCAAGCUUUCUCUCCCUGCAGUGCCGCCUAGUCACAAGAAAUCGGAUAAGCCCAUUGCAGCGCAGCCCCUGCCAGAAGACUUUCAGAACCUUCUGUUGCAACUCGUGCAAGGCAACAAGACGGAGAAUCAGCGGCUGACGUCCCAAAAUGCGGAUGGGGUGGCAGCUCUGCGAGAUUUCCUUGUGCAGACAGACGUGGCCACUGCGAGGCGUGAGAUCAGUGUCUUGGUGAAGUGGUACUCGGUUGGUCGCAAAGGGAGCCGGCGGAAGCGAGGCGUGCGAAAGGCAACUGACGAUCCAGGCCAAGUUCAUGGGACCCGCUCGGCCAUGACCCAGAGUGUCUCGGACUAUUUCGAUCGCCUCCAGAAGCCAUUGAAGGUGGAAGGGCUGUGGGCAUGGAGAGACAUAGCCGUUGCCAUUCACCAUGCCCAAAUCAAAUUACAGUCAGGGACUGUCUGCGUAGAAAGAGCUUGGCAGUCAGUGAAGGACAUGCUGCCACCUUCUGGGAGGCACAUGUCACGGCCAUGGCUUGAGAUGCUUCUCCGGAUUGCAUUCCUGCGACACAACUUUCGGCUCUACAAGUCUGGCUCCAAUCCAGCCGUGUCGGAGGGGGACAGCUUGAUCACAGAGAGCCUGCAGUUCUAUGAGCAGUGCGAGCAAAGCAUUGGUUUUCAAGGACUAGAUGAGCUCUUUGCAGCGUUUGAAGAGAAGGUUGAUGGAGGUGGGGCAACAGUCGCUCGCGGCGACCGCUUCAUGUGGCUGGUUCUUUUGGGUCGAACCAUCAAUGACAACAACAGCUCACGCCUUUUCUACGUUCAAUUUCGCAAAGCCAGAGAUGCGCGAAGGUUCGCGCAAGCGUUGGCGUUGGUGCUGAUGCGGCAUGUGUUGCGACCCUGGAAGGUGGCAGUGUAUCGCGUGCAGCCGGACUGCUGGCCAGACGACUUUGGCUCUCCUAUCGUCCAAUGGUCGUGCCAAUGUACAUCGCUUCGGGAUGCUGCAGAGGGGGCUUCGGCCGCGGAUGGCUGCAUGCCAUGCAGCCAUCCGCGGCCGGAGCCUGGACGAAAGAGGAGGUUGAACUCCCUCCAGGAGGUUGGGUGGUGGGGAGACCCCGAGCGGGGUAUCUUAGCAGGGUCGCAAAUCCUUGCGCUGGGACCUGAAGCGUUCCUGGAAGUACAGCUGCGCGUUCGUGAACUUCGAGCACGCCGCCGUCUUUCAAAGCAACAACGACGGGAGAUGCCACCAGUUCCGCACUGCGUCGUACAGGACGGAACCCUGGUCCACGGAAAUGCCUUGCCGUGUCUGACAAAGGAGCGUCAGGAAGGCGUCAGCAACAAGUUCGUCCAGAUGAGCGCAGAUUCUGAAGCACCAGCGCUCAUCUGGACGACCUUGCCAGACGCACUGGACACGGACAACAUGCUGUCAGGAUGCUUGAUUCGGAUGUUUGACACCUGCAUUUUGCCAUGGAAGCGGACCACUGGGAUCCGGUGCUGGGAUAUGGGUACCUACCGCAUCAAGCGGUCACAGGGCCGCAAGCACUUCGUCAUCGAUGUAGCGCAUUUGUACGACCCGGCACGGGAUCCCGCGAUGGCAAUGCACGUGGGUUGGGUGCCCGGGAUCAGCCAGUCCCUCAUCAAACUCUCUGGAUUUCUCAACGCCCUCAAAAGCAUCAAGGACGCCGUUGACGCCUGCGACUGUCCUCGCGGGAUUCUGGUGGAAGUGCGGUGUAAAUCUGGCAGACACCGAAGCGUGUGCGUCGGCUUCUGCUCAUACCAUCAAAUGCUUCGAUAUGGGCAUUCAGCUCUGUUGAUCCACUACCAAUCUCCCGAGUGGGCUCGCAUGAAAUGCGGAGCCACAUGCAGCGCUUGCCGCAACUAUGACAAAUGUUUGCAAGAAAUCGGAAGCAUUUUGCCGCAAGGUCAGAGCAUAGCUCAGACCCACGGUGUGCAGAGCAUAGCUCAGACACCGUAUAUAGAGAGAUCUAAGUCGAGGAGACGUUCUAGCUCGAAAUCAACAAGACGCUCCCGCAGUCCUUUGCCCCGUCGCCCACGGAAUUUGCCACCGCCUCCACGGCGACGACGCCGCAGCUCCAGAUCUGAAUCUUUCUCAAGGAAACGAGAUACAAGCAGCCCUGUGAGGACAGCUGUCAGAAACACCUGGCCGCCCGUGAAGGCACCUCCAGUGCGACCUCCCCCAAGGGCAGAGAGUCCAGGCACCGGCGCAAACAAAUCUUCAAGCUCGAAAGUAACUUUGCUAUCGCCUCCACUUCAUCGUCAUCAACGCGGACAGCCAGCAGACCACGUGGAGCUCGACGCUUUGCUUCGAGAUGAUUUGGCGCAGGGAGUGCCGUUCCAUGGCACGACUGCCAGGCCAGACUUACUGGACAAAGAAACUUUGAGUGCAGUGAUCAAGCUGUGCUCCCGGGACGGACCCCGUGCCAGAACUUUCUGGAUUACAGACCCUUUGCUUGAUCAGAGGGAUGGUGUCAGGAUGUUUUGCUUGCUCAGAGGCCGUGCGAACAUGAUCAAGACACCUAACAUUUGCAAGUCAUGGAAACGCACCACUUGGAUGCGGAAGCAUCCGGAGAAUUGGCGUUUGCUGGAGGAGAGAGCUUCGGCAGAGACAGAUCCGUUCUUUCUUGUGAACUUGGCCUUCAAGAGGCGAAAACGAAGAGAUGGUAUGCCAGACGCUGACCGUUCUCUGUUGCCUCCACGUUUGGGUAGAAACAUGGAUGAGAUCAGAGACACCUAUGCUGAAGAAAUUCAAGAGGAAAAGCGGUCCAGGGAUGCAGCAGAGACUUCGCAGAGCACACCGCAGAGCCAUCACCAACCUAUCACCGCAGAAGCAGAUUCGACACCAUCUCCGGGACCCAGCACACAAGGAGGUGGUGCAGUCCCCACCCAAAGCUUCUUUGGGAUCACCGUGAGGGACCUCACCCAAGCGUUUGGUGACACUACGGUCAGCAACGACCCCUUGGACGAGUGGCUUCCAGAUCAUGCUCCGGAAGAUGCGACUACUCUACAAGCAUUGCUUCAUCCAACCGAGAUGUGCAUCGGCAUGGGGGACACAGAUGUUCACAGCACAGUCUUGUCCUGGCUAAAAGACAUCCACGGAGAUACCAGAGAUCAUCUCCAACUUGCAUCAGAUUUGUCUCUGGCAUCCAUCCGCUUGUUUGUGCCAACACCUUUCCGGCUAGCCAUCACAACCGUGGCAAAGCGAGAAGGCUGGAACACAGAAGCUUUGUUGGCAGGCAUUGUCAGCAACUGUGGCUGGCUAGAAGCACCUGGCACUCGUCUCAGGAUCGAACCAACUGAGACCUGGAGCCGAGCUCCCAUUACACAAGUGAUGCUAGCAGGAGAUCCAUCUAUGCGAAAAUCUUCCUUGAAGCAGUUUGUGACCGAAGAUCUCCUGAGCUCGCCGGACGUGCCCCCUGAGAUACGCAGCCGCAACUGCAUCAAUGGUGAAGCAACAGUGAAAGGACUCCGCAGCUCCAUGCAAUCUUACAGCCGCGCCGGAUUGGUGAGCGACGAGAUUUCGACCACUUACUGCACCGAUAAAAAGCAGGGAACCGGAAGCUUGCACUAUAUCGAUGUGAAUAAACUUUGUACCUGGUUGAACGGAGAGCCAGACAUUGUGGCUACAGGCUCUGGCCAGCUGAUCUUGCAGAACUACGCCUUCCAGCACAUGAUCUGGGGACAAAUUCCUCUCGUGGAGCAGGUGCUAGCUCCCAACGCCUCCUUCUUUGCCAAGCGCAUCUAUGUUGGCUGGCAGGUGGUCCCAGUCUUCGCAGAUGACGAGCAAAAGGCAGACACAUCCAAGGAGUUUCUCAAGGACUUCCAUGCUUGGAUGGGACGCAACGCGUCUGGGAACAUACAAUCCAGAUCCUUGGAUGGCUUUGCCCGAACAGUUUUCCGAGAGGCAGCCAAAGCUAUUCAAACAUUCCUUUCCGCCACCCACGGCCAAAUGCACGAACACUAUGAGCAGAAAUUGCGCUACUACGACACAGAAUGGCUCCGGUUUGCUAGCGCCUGCCAAAGAAUGGAAGACUUUUGCCAGUGGAAGCUGCAACGCCAGCAGGACGCCGCACCAGAACAAGCCGAGCCCAUUUCCUUUCUCAGCUUCAUUCAUGCCCUUCAUGCAUGGAAGAGCCAGAUGGCUCUGUGGGCUGCCUUCUACCGCUCGCGAUGUGUCAAAGACAAGGACAAAGACAUGAAAGACAAGCCCGACCGCCCAGGAGCUCCUCCUGAACCAGAAGACGAAAUGGGACAGAUCCAGAAAGAAAUCUUGUCGCGUUGCCCCGGAAAUGCAGUACAAGAGACCGCCAAAGUCCGAAAAACCAUGAAGAAUUACUUCAGAAAGAAGAAAACAAUCGACGUGGCCAAGAAGCUGCAAACAGCAGUGAAAGAUUUGAUCAAAAGACGCCUGCUGCUGGAGAUCAAGCCAAGGAAAGAGCAACAGGCUGCGAAUGAGGAAGCGGGCGACAAAGCUGCCGAAGACACAAAGGCAGCGCAGUGA